CUGAACGGUAAUGUGCAGUGAUUCAAUCAAAACUCGCUCAGACCCAACACAGUGCAAAAUCAGGCCUUUUCUUCAUGCCCGAAACAAUAUGCAGCAGUUCCAUGUUAGCAAUCUGCAGCAUAUAGAGGUACCACCGUUUCCAGGCCUUAUUUCAUCCAACCCCGAAAUGAUAAUGUAAUCAUCUCCACCGACCUUUGUUCACGUUCUACCAACCCUACUCCUCACGGCGGCGCGUCCUGGGUCCAUUCCCACUCAAUCCCAAAAACACAUGGUCCGGGCCACCGAACCCUGUUCACGUCAGCUCUGCCUCGCUCACCCACAACACGGAAGACUUACACCACGGACACCAGCAGCUCAGACAGCACCUCCAGUCACACGCCUCACAGAACCCAUCGGGCGCACAACACCCUUGAUCCUCCCGGCACCCUUGGCACGUCAAACAGGACACGACAGCCGGCUUCCACCGCGCCCAUGUGCAAAUCCCUGCGUGCCACGGCGGCGGCGCCGUGUACGGGCCGGCUACGGGCGUGCGCGCGGGGAAGCGGUACUGCAUCGGCAGCUCGAUUUCGGGUUCGUCGGUGACGGCGGAGGCGGCAGAGGUAGAUGCAGAGGCAGACGCAGCCGGGAGCUCGUAAGGUUGGUAACGGUAGUUGGGGUUAUUGUAAGGGUUCAGGCCUUUGUGGCGGUUGCGUGCUUCGCCGCCAGGAAGGGAGCGGACCGAUUUGAUGGCUGCGGAAUUCAUGCUGGCCACGGAGUAGCGUUCAGCAGGGUUGCUUUCGGUGGAGGGGCUGGCAUCUGCAGACGUUGUAUUUGCAGGACCGGUGUUGUUGGAGGGCGUGUCGGCCAUUGUGGGAGGGUUUGGGGUCGACAUGCCAGCGAUGGGAUAGCAGAUGUGACGAUGCCGCGACCGAAACGAUGGGAGUCGGUGGAAGAAGAACAAGAGUUUGCGGGCGGUAUGCGGUGUGCUUAUCGAUUCUCCAUGUGUGAUGUUACUGUGCCCUGGUUCCGAGGAAGGUGUUGAGUGGAGCCAUCCCAUCGUUGCGUUCUUCCCUGGAUCUCAUCGCGCCAACGAGGAAGCGACGACGCCCAGCGUACGGCUGGAUAGAUAAGAAUGCUGUGGUACGCACAGCGGACCAGCUCCAGUACCGUCAGUGACUACCAUGCGCCGUAUCUCUCCUCGCAACGUGGCGGUUUCAUCCAGUAGUCCACCCAUACGCCCCGGACUGCCCACUCGUCGGUACCAGCAGAUGCAGAUCGCCCGGCGGUCGUUGG